GGACGUGGGGCGUGAGAUGCGCUCAGGAAUUGCCAGUCGUGCAUCCUUCACUCUUCAUUCUCAGCCGCGUUGGAGUGGUUCUUCUUUGCGCAUCCUCCCCCAACUGGUGCUGAAAGCCCUCUGUCUGCCCGGACCACCCGUCUCUUCCUGCCUGCUAACCGUGCAGUCUGGCCCGUUCGAAGUAUCACAAGCCGUGAAUCUUUGCGGAUCUCACACUUAGGGCCAUCAGGCCGAAGAACGAGCGCUGCGCAUCAUUUUGUCAGGCAACUCAGGAGCUAAAGUCAUCGGCUUGAGGGUCCUCUGAUCCUGCUUGGGCGCUCAUAGCGAUCCUUUGCGCAUCAUGUCCGCUUUCCCUCCCCAGUACCCAUAUCAGCCACAAUUUCUUUACGAGCAGUCUGUGUUCCAGUCUUCCCACAAUGGCGCCCGUCGGUCAAAGACACCUUCAGAGUCGUUGAUCGGCCAUACCGGAUACUCUUCUCCUGGUGGUUACUCUCCUGGUCCUCUCAUAACCACGCCGCCGCCCCUAAGCCGCAACCCGUCUCAGCAGCCAGUACCACCGCAGGAGCAACUGCCGGAUCAAUCAUUCUGGGACAAUGGCAGCUUCUCAAACUCCCCAACUUCCGUGAGGACACCGGAUAACGAAUCUUUUGAAGUUGAAAUGCUGGAUUCAGACAUCGGGCGGUUCUACCAACAGGACGCCAGCAUCAUGACGACUCAGAGCCCUCACAACAACAUCCCGGCUGUGGACUCAAACAUGUUCUUCAAUGACCACACAAUUCAAGAGGCUCUUAACUCCUCCAUGGCUCAACACUACCAACAGCAGUUUAGUAUGCAAGCUGCUCAGCAACAGAACACCAUGUCCGCUCAGCCUCAGGGUGCUUUCUUCAGCGGAAACUACACUACCCAACCACAUCAACAAACUCAACAACACCAGCAAGAGCCGUGGAAUGCCCAAGGUCCCUCAAGGUUUGGGAUGGUUCCCCGACCUGGUCAUGUCAUGUUUGAUCCCGUUUCCGACCCUACGUUGUACACGGAUUUCCUCAAUGAUGACGUCAACUUCUGGACUGCAAACUUCACUGAUCCCACCGCCCUCGUCUCGCCGAGCGAGCCUAUGGUGCCACCUCAGGACAUCAUGUUCGGCUUCACUACGCAGAACUAUGCGCACCGGCCACAGCAUCGCGGAUCCCAAGGGUCUUUCAUUCAAAGCCCAGUAGAAAUGCGCUUCAAUGGAGCACUGCAGUCGCCGAAUCAAACCAGCUUUGUUAACUACGAUGCAUCAUCAGCCCUCAUUACAGACAGCUACAUUGUACCAAACCAGCUCAUCCCAACAUCGCCGUCUACAUCUUCGAUUGGGAACUACUCGCAAUCGUUCUACCAGCCCGCGGCCAGCCCGCAGGCCUCAGCGCCAAGCCCUGGAAGUUCGGACGGCAAGCUUUCACAUCAACACUCAGACUUCGAAAUGUUCGAGACCAUACCGACACAUCAACCGAACAUAGCCAUGUUCCCGCCUUCUCAGUCAUCGACCAGGGGGAGUGCGUCGCCUGCGCAGCCUAUUCCUGAGAUCUCAUUCGAUGUAUCCCCGGAGCCUGAGCACCUCAGACGAGAAUCCACCUCGAAAAUGAUGAACAAAUCAGGUGGUCGGGCGCUAGGUACACACCUUGACCCCAGAGUUGCGAAAUCUGCGCACGACAUGCGAAAGAUUGUAGCGUGCUGGCACUGUGUGCUUCAACGAGACAAGUGCGGACCCGGAGAUACCUGCGAGAGGUGCCAAAAGAGGUCGCAACGACCAAACGCCGACUGUGGAUUGGGAUGCUCACGUGUCAAGCUUAUCGACUUGGGCGCUGCAUUCAUUCCCCACCUGGUCUCGCAAAUGCACGAAGACUCUUUCCUGACGGCGUUUGUCACUCAGCACAUCCAUCAAUGGAACCACGUGGAACUCACGGUCAUGAUGACUUGUGGUCAGGACAACAUGCCUCGAAUCCCAGUCAAGGUUUACGAAUUCAUCCCUAAGGGCGAUAUGCUCUUGUGCCAGAUCCAGUAUCGAACAGAUCCAGGGUCGAACAAGCGGGUCAUGUAUCGGAAGCAGAGCCCACCGCUGGGAAUGGUUCACAUCAACUACGGCGAAGAGAAGAAGUACGAGAAGUAUGUCAGCGAUAUCGUGGACAACCAUCUGGAUGCUUUUGGCGAGCUUUGCUGGAAAGAAGACGACAACGACUUUCAACAGAAGCUUUUCAGACUGAUGACAAGGGUCAAGCCAAAGAACGAAGACGAGCAGAAACUGUUCCGUGAGGUCAACCGUUUGAUCGUCGUCACUUUCAUCAUGUCGCAUACCCUCACCAUUGCGCCCGAGACCAAAUACGCCACGCUGGCACGCAUGCAUUCCUUCAAUGGGCACGACCAGGACUACACAUCACCACGCAUGACCAACCGUCAGCUCAAAUACUUCUUCUCCAGAAUCCAACGGACUAUCCAAAACGCGCUUUUGAACAAGCUGCAGCAGAUCUUCAAGUCGUCCAAAGGCUGCGACAAGUGGUUGGCUGCAUUCAUCACCAUCGUUGGCAUGUGCAUGGCGCUUGAGGAUCAACAAAAGACGAUCCACCUUGUUCAAACGACCAAGUCGACGACAGAGGGGCUUGAUGUGCGCGAUGCACAAGCCCAGGCGGACCACGCCAAUCGGGACAUCGAUGCCCAGAUGCAUUUCAUCCAGCAGGUGUUCAGAUGGAAGUACAACCGCAAACACAACCCACUGCUGAACGCCGACCAUGACUGGGAGAAAGAGGCUGGGUUUGGCGAUGCAUCAAGCGUGAGCUUUGUACGCCAGGUCGCGCAGUUGGUAAAGGAGAACACCGACUACCUCCAGCACCGCGGAGCUGUUAGUAUUUCGUCCGACAACCAGACACAGUACACAGCACGACUCGUCGGCAAGUUCUUGAUGUCUUUCUGGAUGCCGCAAUAAUUGCAUCGCUCCCAGCAAAGUUUCUUUCUACAACGUUAUCCUCAGUCCUUGUGGACUCAGAUACGCCUUUAGCGAUACUGUGCACUUUCAUUGUUCGCUCCUACAGCAUUUCGCACUGAAAUACGUUAUACAACCUGCAUCACCAGGCACGAUUAACGACCCCUUAUGUCACGACCUCACGGUUACAUCAAAAUUAUUGUUGUUCUGCUUUUAUCAAGGGAGGUAUACCCGUAUCCACUAGGUAUUUCGGCCUCAUGGGCCCGCUAUCAGAACAGCGCAGCGUGCAGCAUCGAUGGAAUAUUAAUAAUUCAU